CCCCAACAUAGUCUAGAUGGCUCGAGUCGCUUCUUCCAAAUCCCUUUACCAGGAGAUCUCUCUUCCUGCUGAUUUUAGUAAGACAGUGCUCGAAUUUGAGCUAAGGCUGGCAAAAUAAUGAGUUAUCACAUGAAGAAUUAUCCAAAUUGCUUGGAUAUUACUCCAUAGCAGUUUCUUAUUAUGACACCAUGAAUGAUGAUGACACAACUCUGUUCUAUGAGCACAAGAUCAAGAAUGCAUUAAGGACAGCAGCUGAGAUAGCCAGUCCAAAGAAGAAGCCUACUGCUAAGGCAACCAAAAAGAUGGCUCAGAUGAAGAUGCAGUUAUAUAUGCUAAAUAAAGAUAAAGAGAAAGAAAAGCAAAGAGAGGUAUUAACGGAGUAUAACCCAGUCCAGAAGCAGACUAGGGCAUUAGAGAACAGCCAGAAAGCAGUUGAGAGGGAUUUUAUUAAGCAGGAAGAAAACUUCCGCAAGCGGUUAGCAAUGAGAAAGCGAGGGAAGAAGAUACUCACCCAGCCGAAUUGGGGCAAUGAGUCUUCCAUCAACGUUAAUUCGUUGUCUAAGAAUAAUAUUAGUAUUGAGAAUUCAGUCGAGUUAAACUCCAGUGAUAUCAAUUUUGAUAAAAUGUCUAAUUCAAGCAUGACAGAUGAGAUGCUGGGUAUUAUCAAGACAAUGAACUAUUUGAAACGCUCUGAUAGUGUAGACAAACUUAAGCGAGCAAGGACUCUUGAGGAGAAGCAUUCAGAAUCUCUCAGGAAAAGCUUAGAUGAUAGCGCAAUUCUUAAGAACCUCAACAAAUCUGCUGAUUCUAAGGUGAAGAAACUGAGUGAGAAAGGCAACUUAUCUAAAAUUAUUGAGUUUGAAGAGAACCUAGAAGAUCAUAGUAUUGAGCUGAAAGAGGAGAAUGGAAAUAUUUCUUAAUAUGCUCCUCUCGACCACUGAGAUGGGAAGCUAUUAUUAAAACCUUCUUUGGCUUCUCAGAAUUUUGUCCUGCUUUAACUAUCCUAGGCUAAAUAUUUCGUACCAAUCCCAUC